AUGUCGACAGCAAAUGCAUUGAAUCACACAAAAGAUAAUAAUAAUUUUCGUGUCAAACGAAGAAUUAAUGAAACAAAUCAAAAAUUAUUAAUUAACACUUAUAAAACCAAUGAUAAUCAAGGACAAACAUCAACAGGACUAAAUGCUCAAUUUUUUCAUUCACAACUAUUAAUGGAUAUUCUUCUACGCAUGAAAACAAAUAUCGAUGAUAAAAAUGAACUAAUAGAUUUAUGUAGAACAAAAUUAAACAAUGAUAAAGAUGAAUUAAGUAUUCUUUAUGAAUUUUCAGAAACAUAUUCAUCCGAUAAAGCUCUAUGGUGGUAUACAAGAGAAACAUUUAUUUAUCAAUUUUUAAAUCAAGCCUUACGCAUAUGGGAUAUUAAUUUACUGGUUUUAUUUCGAUUUUUGAUAUAUGAUAUACAAAAACAACUUGAACUCAAUCAUUGUCAAGAUUCUAUAUGUGUUUAUCAUGCACAAUUAAUAUCAAAUAGUGAAUUCAAUAUUUUGAAAAAUUCUAUUGGAGAAUUCAUUUCAACAAAUUCAUUUCUGUCGACAAGCAUUGAUAUUGAUGAAGCAUUAUCGUUUAUUGAUGAUUCUAUUCUUAGAGAUAAUCUGCAGCCAGUUUUAAUUGUCAUCAAUGCUGAUCCUACUAUAAAAGGUGUUAAACCAUUUGCUAAUAUUGCUCAACAUAGUUAUUUUACUGAUGAACAAGAAGUACUGUUUAUGUUAGGAUCAGUAUUUCAAAUAAAUAAUGUUUGCUAUAGUGAAGAAUAUCAUAUUUGGAUAAUAAAUAUGACACUGUGUAGUGAUCAUAAUCAUAAAUUAAAGCCCGUAUUUGAUUAUAUGAAAAAUGAAUAUGGAAAUGGAGAAACUGGUCUUCUUUCACUUGGUCGUGUGCUAAGACAAAUGGGAAAAUUUAAUGAAGCAGAAAAUUAUUAUCUAAAAUUUCUUAAUAAAAAACAGUCGGAUUACAAGAGCCAAGCACAAUGUUAUCAUUUACUUGGAAAUAUUGCUUUUGAUAAAGGCGAUUAUGAUUUAAGUCUUGAAUAUCAUCUGAAUUCGUUGGAUAUUAAAAUGAAAAAUUUCCAAGUAAAUGAUCCUAGUCUUGCCUAUAGUCAUAAUAGUAUUGGCAUUGUUCAUUGGAAAAAGGGCAAUAAAGACAAAGCUAUUGAAUCUUAUAAUAAAGCAUUGAAAAUUUGGGUUCAACUCUAUGGUGAAGAAGAUUUAAAAGUUGCAAUGUGUUUUAAUAAUAUGGGUAUUGUAUAUGACGAUGAAAAAAAGUAUGCUGACGCAUUACGAUGCUAUGAAAAGACAUUGAUGAUUCGUUUAAAACAUCUUCCGAUUGGUCAUUGUGAUAUAGGUGACACAUACAAUAAUAUGGGUGCUGUUCAUCGUUGUCUUGGUAACUAUGAUAGAGCAUUGUACUAUUUUAAUCGUUCUUUAGAAAUCUAUGAAAAAUCACUAUUCUCUCAACAUCCGUCGAUAGCAUCAACUUAUAAAAAUAUUGGUAUUGCACAUGAAAUAAAAAAGAAUCUUGUAGUAGCAUUAAAAUUUUAUAAUAAAGCGGCAGAUAUUUUUCAUGAAACAUUAUCAAUGAAACAUCCCGAUGUCAUUGAAAUUAAUCGACUAAUACGAAAUGUUUCGUAUCGAAUCAAUGCAUGA